CCGUUAGUUGCCGUUCUCAUCCUCUUCCUCGCUCGCGAAGCUUGACGCCCUUCUCUCUCUUGGCUACGUUCUCAGCUCCGUGACCAAUUAGGAGCCCCCUCGAUCGCCGAGAUGGACCGUGGAUCGGCAGCCCAAAACUCCCGCCUGGUGGAGGAGGUGUUCCGCGACAUCAAGGGCCGGCGAGCCGCCAUCAUCAGGGCGCUCACCACCGAUUUCGAGGACUUCUAUCAACAAUGCGAUCCCGCAAAAGAAAAUCUGUGUCUCUAUGGAUAUCCAGAUGAGCAAUGGGAGGUCAAUUUGCCUGCAGAAGAAGUUCCUCCAGAAAUUCCAGAGCCUGUUUUGGGAAUUAACUUUGCUAGAGAUGGAAUGGAAAAGAAAUCCUGGUUAUCUUUGGUUGCUUUACACAGUGAUGCAUGGUUACUUGCCUUGUCAUCUUAUUUUAGUGGUCGGUUUCAGUUUGAAAAAAAACAUAGGAAACUCCUAUUAGAUAUGAUAACUGAUUUGCCCACCAUAUGUGAAGUUGUAAAUGGAAAGAAUCAAGAUAAGACCUCCGGAUCUAAACUGAACAACAACAAAUCCAAGUCAAAUUCAAAAUUGAAGGCUGAAUAUCAGGCCAAGAACACCAGAGCAAAGAAUGCAAAGGAAGAAAAUGAGGAGUUGGAUGAGGAAGAGGAUGAUUAUCUCUGUGCGGCAUGUGGAGAGAGCUCUGUCUUAGACAAUUUCUGGAUUUUCUGUGACACUUGUGAGAAAUGGUUCCAUGGGAAGUGUGUAAAAGUCACCCCUGCAAAGGCUGAGCACAUCAAGAACUAUAAGUGUCCUCGCUGCAGCAACAACAAACGGAUCCGGACCUCAUGAGAUCAGCUCUUCCAAAACCUAUUUUGUUCUCAUUCCUUCAUUGGCAGUCUAGUGGCUAUGCUGAUAAAAUUGCAGUUAAUUCAGAAGCAACCAAGCAACCCAACAACUGUCCUCUUGAAGUUCUACUUCCUCACAAAGUUAUCAUAUAAAUCCUGUUUUAUUUGUCUUAUCAUUAAGCAGUCUAACUCCUUAUGCAAUAUAGGGUUACCGAAACGUCUUCACUCCAAGCUAGCCUUUAGUUCUUAUUGGGUCUCACAGUUGACUCUAUUUAUUUAUGAAGAACUAAUUCUGUACUUCAUUGAAACAAAAUUCACAUAGAUGGUGAGAUUCCACAGGUUGAAUCUCUAAAAGGAGUUCCUUUUUUUUUAA